AUGUUGAAGGUCGAGUUGAAAAGACAAGUCGAACAAGGGGAGAAAAGGGUAAUAGAGGAACCCCCUAAUCCAAGCCCGUUAAAGAAGUCAAAGUUUCAAGAUCAGAGUAAGAAAGGGAAGACAAAUAGCGGGAUCCCGACUUGUAAGAAUUGCGGGAAACACCACUCGGGUGAAUGUUUGCUUGGAAAGAAAGGGUGCUACAAAUGUGGGCAAGAGGGACACCCGUACUACAAGUGUCCCAACAAACCAAAGACAUGCUACAAUUGCCAUCAAACAGGGCAUAUUAUAACGGAAUGUCCGAAACUCCAACAAGGGACAAAGAAAGAAGGAAAGAAGGAAGAGCCAUCUAAGGCGCGUGGAAGGAUGUUUCAGAUAACAUCGGAUGAAGCUAAAACUCACCCGGAUGUGGUUUCAGGUAUAUUCUUAGUCAAUUCUAUAACUAUGAAUGUCUUAUUUGAUUCCGGGGCUAGUAGAUCAUUUGUUUCGAAUGAACUAUUACAUCAUCCCUCCUUUAUGCUUGAAAAUAAGUUAACACCUGUAGAAGUGGAAGUAGCCGAUAGUAAGAAUUAUUUAUUGCAUGAUGUAUGUAGAAAUUGUAAGAUCUUGAUUGAAGAUGAAGAAUUUAGCAUAGAUCUUUUCCGAUGA